AUGAAGCACAACUCCCCGCAGGGCCCCAAGCCCACAGGGGUGGCCAUAUUUGAGCAGUUCCCAGUCCUGUGGGCUCGGCUAUCUGGGGAGCAGAUUCUGGGUCUGGAGCUCCCUGGGGAGUGGGUCCUGGGCUUGGAUCUUUCCCUAGGGGGCCCUCUUACCCCCCCCUCCUCCUCCUCUUCCCCCAUUGCUGUAAAUAUUUCAAUGAAAUGGAAAAGAAAAAAAAAAAAAAGACAAAAAAAGAAAGAAAGAAAGAAAAUCUCAUCACUUGAAGCCACCGGGAGCCUGCGGCCCGGCCAGCCCGGGAUUUCUCCGGAGCAGAGCUGCGCCGCUGGGCCCUGGCAGCCAGGACUUCUCCAUGUACGUGUGCAUCCCCCAGCCGGGGUGGGCGGGCCACCAGAGCAGCUUUUUACAAUCCAGAGACAAACAAUCUAG